UAAAAAUCAAAGAGCUCGUUCGCAUCAGUCUGUAACCAUACUUCAUCGCAACUGGAACUGAGAAAAGUGUCUUUUCGUUAACCGCUAAAUAACGUGAGCAUUUUUAUUGUAAAAAUUGUAUAUAAACGGGGCCAAGUCACGUCGUCGUGUGUUUCGCCACUCACAUUCAAAGUGUAUGUUGAAAAAUAAAUAUUUUAUGAAUCUGAGAGUGUGGAUGGAUAUUUUAAUCAAUUUUAAUAUUUCUCAAUCGAUUAUACGAAAACAACAACAAAAAUUAUGAACUGAACAUCCGUGAUAUUGAUUUUAUUAUGUUUAUUGCAAUUGUCUGUUUAAAAUUACCAGGUGAACAGUUUGUUUCAUUUAGUCAUUGCAUUCUGUAACAGAGAUUUCCAACUAAAAAAAAAGUGCCGGACCCUUUAUUUCGAACUUUGCUUCGUUGUCCAUUUGUAACCUUAGACCAAUUUUGGUUUCAUUAAUUACCGAAACAAUUUUAUUUUCAAAAAACCAUCGUUAAACGAGAAUAAAACAAUUUUUAUAAUGCAAUGAAAUUGUCAAAGUAGAUCGAAAAUAGAAAAUCGAAAUAACUAGAAAUGUGAUUUGUGAAUUGAUAUAGAAGUUACAAAAAUAAUAGUUCGAGGCAGCAAAACGGUUCAACAAAAAAAUAACAGAAUAUGACAGUCAUUCGAACAUCCCACAAGCUACCGCUAGUCGUAUUGUUGGUAAAUGUUGUGACAAUUUUCAUCCGUUCUACGAAUUCACAGCAAAUUUUGGGCCACAGCGAAAAGCAGCGAUACGAUGGCUGGUACAACAAUAUGGCACAUCCAGAUUGGGGUUCAGUUGAUAGUCACCUCGUCCGAAAAGCUCCGCCAGCCUAUUCUGAUGGCGUCUACGCUCUGGCCGGAGCGAACAGACCGUCACCACGUCGAUUAAGUAGAUUAUUUAUGAGCGGAAAAGAUGGUCUUGGAUCGCAAACGAAUCGAACCGCUUUGUUGGCAUUCUUCGGGCAAGUUGUGACCAACGAAAUUGUUAUGGCAUCCGAAUCUGGCUGUCCGAUCGAAAUGCAUCGCAUCGAAAUAGAAAAAUGCGAUGAAAUGUACGAUAAAGAAUGUCGUGGCGAUAAGUACAUUCCAUUUCAUCGAACUGCUUACGAUCGCGAUACUGGCCAAAGUCCGAAUGCACCGAGAGAGCAGAUCAAUCAAAUGACAGCCUGGAUAGAUGGAAGUUUCAUAUACAGUACGUCUGAAGCUUGGUUGAACGCAAUGAGAUCCUUUCAGAACGGAACAUUACUGACGGAAAAAGGCGGAACAAUGCCGGUCAGGAAUACGAUGAGAGUGCCUUUAUUCAACAAUCCGGUUCCGCAUGUCAUGAGAAUGCUGAAUCCGGAACGUCUUUUCUUGUUAGGAGAUCCAAGAACGAACCAGAAUCCCGGACUUUUAACAUUCGCAAUUUUGCUGCUAAGAUGGCACAACGUUCUAGCAAAUCGAGUAAAGCAUCAGCAUCCCGAUUGGAGUGACGAGGACAUUUUUCAGCGAGCCCGACGCAUCGUCAUUGCUAGUCUACAGAAUGUCAUAACUUAUGAAUAUUUGCCCGUGUUUCUGGGCGAAUCAUUGCCGCCAUAUAAGGGAUACAACCCAGAUAUUCAUCCCGGUGUCAGUCACAUGUUUCAAGCGGCAGCGUUCCGAUUCGGUCAUACAUUGAUUCCGCCUGGAAUUUAUCGUCGAGACGCAAAGUGUAAUUAUCGAACGACAAAUAUGGGCUUUCCAGCGAUACGGCUCUGUUCCACUUGGUGGGACUCAAAUGACGUUAUGACCGGCACAUCGGUCGAGGAAAUACUGAUGGGCAUGUCAUCUCAAAUUGCUGAACGAGAAGAUUCGCUGUUGUGUUCCGAUGUGCGGGAUAAAUUGUUUGGUCCCAUGGAAUUCUCGCGUCGUGAUUUGGGAGCAUUGAAUAUAAUGCGCGGCAGGGACAAUGGACUGCCAGAUUAUAAUACAGCUAGAAUGGCAUUUAAACUACCAAAGAAGAAUGAUUGGAAGGAUAUCAACCCGAAACUGUUUGAAACCAAGCCGGAACUGUUGAGCAUGCUGAUAUCGGCUUAUUCGAAUAAAUUAGAUAAUAUGGAUGUGUACAUCGGUGGUAUGUUGGAGUCGUAUGGUAAUCCAGGUGAACUUUUCACGACUGUUAUCGUUGAUCAAUUUACAAGAAUCCGCGAUUCGGAUCGAUUUUGGUUUGAAAAUGAAGAUAACGGAAUUUUCACCACAGAAGAAAUAGAAGAACUCCGAAAAAUCACCCUGUGGGACAUCAUCGUCAACAGUACAAACAUCGACCCCACCGACAUUCAACGGAAUGUGUUCAUAUUCCAAGACGGUGAUCCCUGUCCGCAGCCGUUGCAGUUGAACGCAACCGAAUUGGAACCGUGCAGUUAUUUGCAAGGAUACGAUUACUUUUCCGGUUCCGAAUUAGCGUUCAUCUACGCAUGCGUUUUCCUCGGUUUUGUACCGAUACUGUGCGCAUUUGCCGGCUAUGGGGUUGUGAAAUUGCAGAACAGUAAACGUCGAAAAUUGAAAAUUCGUCAGGAAGCGUUGAGGAGUCCGAAUAGCAAAGGAUCGGUUGACAAAAUGAUUGCGCGCGAAUGGUUGCAUGCCAAUCAUAAGCGCCUAGUUACAGUCAAAUUUGGUCCAGAAGCUGCCAUUUACACUGUGGACCGAAAAGGUGAAAAGUUGCGCACAUUCAAUUUGAAGAACAUCGAGCUAGUAACCGUGGAAGAGUCGGCUGCAAACCACCUCGGCAAACGACCCUACAUUUUACUGAGACAUCCAAACGAUCAUGAUCUCGUGUUGGAGCUGGAAACGCUCGGAGCUCGUCGAAAGUUCGUGAAGAAACUGGAAGAUUUCUUGGCGCUACACAAAAAGGAAAUGACUCUGCUGGAAGUGAGUCGAGAAAUAAUGUUGUCCAAAGCAGAGACUAGAGAACGUCGCCAGAAACGGUUGGAAUAUUUCUUCCGAGAAGCGUAUGCGCUAACGUUCGGCUUGAAGCCUGGUGAGAGACGUCGACGAUCGGAUGUUUCAACGGACGGUGAAGUGAUGACGGUUAUGCGCACCAGUUUAUCAAAAGCAGAAUUCGCUUCCGCACUCGGAAUGAAACCGGACGAUAUGUUUGUUCGGAAAAUGUUCAACAUCGUCGACAAAGAUCAAGAUGGACGGAUUUCGUUCCAGGAGUUUCUCGAAACAGUGGUCCUGUUCUCACGCGGCAAAACCGACGACAAAUUGAGAAUCAUUUUCGAUAUGUGCGACAACGAUCGGAAUGGAGUUAUUGAUAAGGGUGAACUGAGUGAAAUGAUGCGAUCGCUGGUGGAAAUAGCUCGAACCACAAGCAUCAAAGAUGACCAGGUAACAAAGUUGAUCGAUGGCAUGUUUCAAGAUGUUGGCUUGGAACAUAAGAACCAUUUGACGUACCAGGACUUCAAACUGAUGAUGAAAGAGUACAAGGGUGACUUCGUUGCCAUUGGUCUCGAUUGUAAGGGUGCCAAACAGAACUUCUUGGACACUUCAACGAAUGUGGCGAGGAUGACUUCCUUCCACAUUGAUCCGGUACCGGUAGACGGUCGAAGACACUGGAUGCUUUCAAAGUGGGACUCAUACACAACGUUCUUGGAAGAGAAUCGACAGAACAUUUUCUACUUAUUCUUGUUCUACGUGGUCACAAUUGCAUUGUUCGUCGAACGUUUCAUUCACUAUUCAUUCAUGGCCGAGCACACGGAUCUACGACACAUAAUGGGUGUCGGCAUUGCCAUCACACGUGGUUCGGCGGCAUCAUUAUCAUUUUGCUAUUCUUUACUGUUGCUGACGAUGUCCCGCAAUUUGAUCACAAAACUGAAGGAGUUUCCCAUCCAACAAUACAUUCCGUUGGAUUCACACAUUCAGUUCCAUAAAAUUGCUGCAUGUACGGCCUUGUUCUUCUCAUUGCUGCAUACCGUCGGCCACAUCGUAAAUUUCUAUCACGUUUCGACGCAAUCGUUAGAGAAUCUGAAAUGUCUGACCAGAGAAGUUCAUUUCACAUCGGACUAUAAGCCAGACAUAACGUUCUGGCUAUUCCAAACAGUCACCGGCAUAACUGGGGUCAUGCUGUUCGUCAUAAUGUGCCUGAUUUUCGUGUUUGCUCAUCCAACAAUCCGCAAGAAGGCGUACAAGUUCUUCUGGAACGUUCAUUCGCUGUACAUUUUGUUGUACAUUUUGUGCCUCAUUCAUGGCUUAGCUCGAUUGACUGGGCCACCGAGAUUUUGGCUGUUUUUCAUUGGUCCGGGUAUCGUGUACACUCUGGAUAAAAUUGUGUCGUUGCGCACGAAAUACAUGGCAUUGGAUGUAAUCGAAACGGAUCUCCUACCGUCAGACGUGAUAAAAAUAAGAUUCUACCGGCCACCCAAUUUAAAAUACCUUUCCGGUCAAUGGGUGCGACUGGCGUGCACAUCCUUUCGCUCCAACGAAAUGCACAGUUUUACACUGACAUCGGCACCGCACGAAAACUAUUUAAGUUGUCACAUUAAAGCUCAGGGACCGUGGACGUGGAAAUUGCGAAACUACUUCGAUCCGUGCAAUUACAAUCCGGCCGAUCAGCCGAAAAUUCGCAUCGAAGGACCGUUCGGCGGUGGUAAUCAGGAUUGGUAUAAAUUCGAAGUGGCUGUUAUGGUUGGUGGUGGCAUUGGCGUCACUCCAUAUGCAUCGAUUUUGAAUGAUUUGGUGUUCGGAACGAGCACAAAUCGGUAUUCAGGCGUUGCUUGUAAAAAGGUCUAUUUUCUGUGGAUAUGUCCGUCACACAAGCAUUUCGAAUGGUUCAUCGAUGUACUGCGCGAUGUGGAAAAGAAGGAUGUCACAAACGUGCUGGAAAUUCACAUUUUCAUUACGCAAUUCUUUCACAAAUUCGAUUUGAGGACAACAAUGUUGUACAUCUGCGAGAACCACUUCCAAAGAUUAUCAAAGACGUCCAUGUUUACCGGUCUAAAAGCUGUUAAUCAUUUCGGUCGACCCGAUAUGUCCAGUUUCCUGAAAUUCGUUCAAAAAAAGCAUUCAUAUGUAUCAAAAAUUGGUGUAUUCUCCUGUGGUCCACGACCGCUCACCAAAAGUGUCAUGUCAGCGUGUGACGAGGUGAACAAAGGCCGUAAGCUUCCGUACUUCAUUCAUCAUUUCGAAAAUUUUGGUUAAAAAUUUGGUUCGACCUUUGUUGUUGUCUUUAGAUUUUAAAAUUUAAUUUUAAGGAAAAAGAACUUUUCGUGAUAUUUUUAGUUAAAAUGGUCGCGUGCUCUGUAACGGCAGAGUGGGAUCGUUUUUUUUUCAAAUUUAAUUUGUUAAAAAA